UCGCCUCCUCUCUUCCGCUUCCGGUGUCCCCCUGCAGCCAUGGCCGCCGCCGCUGCCGCUGGCGGCCCUGGGGCGCCCCUGUCCCCGGACGAAUUGCUUCCGAAAGGCGAUGCCGAGAAGACUGAGGAGGAGCUGGAGGAGGAAGACGACGAGGAGCUAGAUGAGACCCUGUCGGAGAGACUGUGGGGUCUGACGGAGAUGUUCCCAGAGAGGGUCCGGUCCGCGGCUGGAGCCACUUUUGAUCUCUCCGUCUUUGUGGCUCAAAAAAUGUACAGGUUUUCCAGGGCAGCCUUGUGGAUUGGGACCACUUCCUUCAUGAUCCUGGUCCUUCCUGUUGUCUUCGAAACGGAGAAGUUGCAAAUGGAGCAGCAGCAGCAACUGCAGCAGCGGCAGCCAACCAGGGGGAGCUUGAACUUAACCCCGAGAUGAAGAGUCACAUGGUCUUCUGACUGAGCCAGCCAGGUACCCCAGAAACCUCAUAAUAGUAAUCUUUGCCCUGAAUUCAGGCAAUCGUGUUCAGAUCCACCAACAAAGGAUCGGGUCCAUGUGUUUGUACGGUCCACAGUGAUACACAGUUAUAAAGGAUUUGUAGGGAAUGACCUACUACUAACUUCUGGUCUAGGAAGGGAAUGGUGGCAAAUAGAACUUUUUUAGUCCUUUUAAAAAUAAUUGCGGAGAUGAGCUGAUUAUGAAUUCCAACUAUAGCCCUGCCUUUGAACCUUGCAGUUUUUGCAUUCAACGUAAAUUUUUAUUAGCAACGUGCUAGUAACAAUACUGAGCCUUUUAUGUGUAUUCUGUUUGUCAGAAUGAUGCUAUAUAAUUUAGGGUGUAGUGGUAGUUCUGUUUUACAGAGGAGGAAGCAGUCACAGAGAGGUUGGAUAAUCUGUGCCGGACCGCACAGGAAACGAUGGAUCUGAAUUCAAGUCUAACAGGCCCCCUCUGCUAUGUGAUCGUGAUCUUGUUAACCAGAGAAAAACACUAGUCAUUUGUCAGGGCUGGUAACGAAAACUUGUGCUCAUUAGGAUUCCUCAGAUUGUGAAGCCUAGUUUUCGUAAACUGAAAAGUGCCUCGGGAUCUUGAACCAAGUGGAGUGCAUAUUUUGUCUGGAUUUUUGAGGGCAGAGGUUGGACCGAAGCACAAAACCGCUCUGAGAGAUGGCUGAGGAUCGUAGUGAGUUUCUUCUGAAGCAUCACGACACUAAUGUUCACUUUUUUCCUUUACAGAAUUACAAAUUCAGGCAGACAUAGAACACGUACGGA